AUGAGACGUACCAGACGGAGCAGAAUCGACAAUUACUUUCAGAACUUCUUCACUUGGACGGAAAGUAACGAUGCAGACAGCACGGGUUCAUUCAACGGUGGCUUCGAAGGCAACCAAGAGAUGCUGGCGCGAUAUGUUGGGAGGGAUGUUCACAAGCUGCCACUCAUUGCACCUGGCUUGAAGUACAACAGAGGCGCCGGUCUGCGCAUGGCAUUGGAAGUCAGUGCAGGCACUGCCGGCUCUUUCGACGGUAUGCACUGCGAGCUCGUCGACACUCGAUCCAAGAAGCCGGACGCAGUCAUCUGGGGCCACAACUACGGCAUAGUAGUCAACAAAUCCUGCCAACGCCUCUACGACGAAGGCCAACGCCACCUCUUCGCAACCUUCGAAAUGAUCGCCCUCGACUGCUGGAAGGACCAGAACAUGUCCUGCUACUUCGUCACCGACGACCCCAUCAUGCAACGCUUCAAGGGCUCCUGGGUCUACGACACCACCGAAGUGCCCCCCCCCGAAGAAGCCAACACCAUCGAGGAACUCGCCGAGAAACUCGGCCUGGACGCCCAACAAUUGAAGCGCACCGUGACGAAUACAACGCCGCCGUCAACGAUAAACCCUUUGACCUCAUGA